AUUGUGGAUUCAUUUUAAAUCACUUCUCCCGAGUAUGAAAAGAUGAGGUUUACGCAUCAAAUAUAGCAAUGCAUUUCCGGGGGAAAUGCUUUGCAGGUCAGCUGUGUUACUAGGGAGGGUUGCAUCUUAAUUGCACCUGUUAUCCUAUUGGCUGUUGCGCUCCAGACCAGGUGAAGCUCGUUACACGCUGGCUGUAUAAGCAGGUCAGCUCUGCUGGGUGCUGAUACACUGUUGGUCCAUUGUGGUGUCAGAAGGCUCUAAACAUCAUGUCUGGUCGUGGGAAGAAAGUGGUGGCUGCUGCUAAGACGAAGUCCUCGAUGUCCCGCUCUGCACGUGCUGGGCUUCAGUUUCCGGUUGGUCGCAUCGCGCGCCUCCUGAGGAAAGGCAACUAUGCAAAGAGGAUCGGUUCCGGCGCCGCUGUUUACCUGUCUGCGGUACUGGAGUACCUGUGCGCGGAGGUGCUGGAGCUGUCCGGAAACGCCAGCAGAGACAACAAGAAGCAGCGCAUCGCUCCACGCCACAUUCAGCUGGCUGUGAGGAACGAUGAGGAGCUGAACACGCUGCUGGGCGGAGUCACGAUCAGUGAAGGAGGAGUGCUGCCCAACAUCCAGGCCCAACUCCUGCCCAAGAAGACCAAAGCACCCCGGGAGGACCACAGCAGCAAGGACGUUCAGUCACAGGAGUUUUAAAAAUGUCUCAUGUGCACUUGUAAUUCUUUUAAAAUGUUUCUUUUGAUCAAUAAACCUGGUUUUAAUUUCAA